GGGUUUCACGCAGGCGCAGAGCGGUGCAGGGCCGCUGCGGCCGCUCCCUGGCUGGCAGUGCUCGCUAAGAUGGCGGAUUUCCUGCCGUCGCGGUCCUCGCUGUCGGGCUGCUUCCCCGGCUGCAUGCUCAACAGCAGCGAGGCCGAGCAGCAGCGGCGGUCCAAAGCGAUCGAUAAGUGCCUGUACCGCGAGAAGACCUACGUCAAGCGGCUCGUCAAGAUCCUUUUGCUGGGCGCGGGCGAAAGCGGCAAGAGUACGUUCCUCAAGCAGAUGCGCAUCAUUCACGGGCAGGACUGGGACCGGUCAGCCCGGGAGGAAUUCCGCGCCACCAUCUACAGCAACGUCAUCAAGGGUGUUAGAGUCCUUGUGGAUGCUCGUGAGAAACUUCAUAUUCCAUGGGGAAAUCCUGCUAAUCAAACAAAUGGCGACAAGAUGAUGGCCUUUGAUACCCGUUCAGAAGUGGUGCAAGGGAUGGUACAAACCUGUACUUUCUUACAGUAUCUUCCAACAGUAAGAGCUUUGUGGGCAGACACUGGUAUCCAGCAUGCUUAUGACAGACGCAGAGAAUUUCAAUUGGGAGAAUCUAUAAAAUAUUUUCUGGACAAUUUGGAUAAACUUGGAGAUGCAGAUUAUCUUCCUUCCCAGCAAGAUAUUCUGCUAGCACGAAGACCCACAAAAGGAAUACACGAGUACGAUUUUGAAAUUAAAAAUGUUCCCUUCAAGAUGGUUGAUGUGGGUGGCCAGAGGUCAGAAAGAAAACGUUGGUUUGAGUGCUUUGAUAGUGUCACUUCAAUAUUAUUCCUGGUUUCAUCAAGUGAGUUUGAUCAGGUACUUAUGGAAGAUCGGCUAACAAAUCGUCUUACAGAAUCUUUGAACAUUUUUGAAACUAUAGUCAACAAUCGGGUUUUCAGCAAUGUGUCCAUCAUUCUCUUUCUAAACAAGACAGACUUGCUUGAGGAAAAAGUGCAAAAAGUGAGCAUCCGAGACUAUUUCUCAGAGUUUGAAGGGGACCCUCACAACUUAACAGAUGUCCAAAAAUACUUGGUGGAUUGUUUUCGCACCAAACGUCGGGACCAGCAACAGAAGCCCUUAUACCACCAUUUCACCACUGCUAUUAAUACAGAAAAUAUUCGUCUGGUAUUCCGUGAUGUCAAAGAUACCAUCCUUCAUGACAACCUCAAACAGCUCAUGCUACAGUGAUGUUGAAAAGACUGAUUUCUGUUAAUAGUUUACAGCAGGAGCUUAAAAAGUAAACCUGGUCUUGUCAGACCUCAUGAUGUGUGGGUAAAAGCUGCUGCUGUUCUUAUUGCCAAUUUUUCUUAAAAUCAAAAUCUCUUCCCGUUCAUUAUUUUGAAUCAGUUGUAACCUUUAAUAGACUUUUUUAAAGCUAACUCCAGGUUUUAAAUUAUUCUGUCUUUUUCAACUAUAAAGUCUAAACUAUUAACUUGUAGAUAUGAGCUUGAAUGAAAUUAUUUGGAAACAUGCAAAGUUCUUUCAACUGGUUGGAUUUUAAGAAUGCUAUUGAAGAGUUUUCCUGACUUAGACAACCACCACCAAUUGUUUUAUAUGGUAAAUGGCUUUGCUUUGUCAAAUAAUUAACCUUUAUUUCAAGUUUACAAAUGCACUUCUACUUCCAUGCCAAUAGAAAGUGCUUUUAGAUGGUACAAGAAAAAAACAAAAGUUGCCACUGAGUAUUUCAGUCAAAAUGAAUCAUACAUAGGAAUUCUUGGUCUUGUUUGGUUUUUGCUAGAUCAUAUAGUUUGACAAAACCCCAUGAUUUUACAAUUUGGGCCUCAGCUAACUUAAACCAAAAAGCUGUGUCCUGCAGUUUUGAGAGUCCUCCUCAGUUGCCAUGAAUAAGCCAUUGUCUGAGAACACUCCUUUUUUCAUUUACUAAGAUAUUGUGAAUUGGAUAAUGGUGGAAGCUAAACACAAAAUUUGUUUUUCCCAAACAGUAAUUCAAUUUAUAGAUGUCAAAUCUAGCUUAUUAAAGAAAGCUAACACACUUGAGUAUAUACAGCUGUAGUUGACAGUAGUGGCCAUUAUAUUAACUAAAAAACCCUAAAAUUGAAUCAAAGUGUAAAGCAGCUGAAUGAUAUUAGAGAAAUGACACCUUAAAAAGGGUAAAAUUAAAAAAAAUAUUCCACCUUUUGGCUAAGUUACACAUGUUGAAGACUUAAUUUUGCAAUGAAAUAAUCAAUAAAAAUAAUAGCUUUGUUGAUGCUUUGGUACUGGUCAAAAGCCAGUGUUAUCUGUUAUUCUGAAUAUCUUUAAUUAUACAUUUUAUUCUAGGUUUUACCAUAUUGAGCUUUAAAGAGGAUAUUUACAAAAGGGAUUGACACCUGGAUUCUAAUGUUUAAUGCAAUAAAAUAUAUUUGCUUUCCUUAAGAACAAAAACAAUUAGCAAAUUUCCCUUCUUUGUUUCAUUUGUUACACAGGCCAAAUCUAGUCAUUGUUCUAAAAGGAACCCAACUACUCUGUAAUUUUUAUAAAAGGAAAUCAAUGUUUUUAUAUUUUGGAAAAAUAAAUUUUGCCAUUCGUUAGAUUAGGAUAAUUAAGUCUUUGUGCCAAUUGAAUGCUUGAGUAAUAAUUGGCCUAGUCCAGUACCGGUAAAUGGUUAACUGAUGCAGUAUCUUAUAAUCUAAAGUGCCUCUUGGUUGUUGUUUCUUAAACUAAUAGUGGCCUUACAGUGAAUACCAGUUUAGCUGGUUGUAGGAAAAGAGCUUCAAAAUCAUAACAGACAAUAGAGUGCAAAUAAAUGAUCAUUGCAUUUUUGCUAGAGUACAAAGCCAACAUAAUCAGAACCUUCAGUAUUCUAGGGUGAAACAAAAUGAGGGAAUGCCAUUCAUUCUUUACUGGUAUUUAGAAUGCUACCAGCACUGUUAAAAAGAGGGAAGUGAAUGGUUUUUUGCAAGACCUUUUAAACCUAGACUUUAAAAAAAGUACUUCUAUCUAGCAGUUAAAACCAUCAGAGGUUGAAAUAAAACUAUACAUACAAAAAUGAAAUAUAAAUUUUACAACUCUGCUUACAGAGUAUUGUUUGGAGCAGGGGUGUCAAACUGGCGGCCUGUGGGCCAGAUGCAUCACACACAGGCUACACCCAUCCAGGCUGACGGCAAUGUGACGCGGCGAGUUUGACAUCCGUGGUUUAGCGUAUCCAUUUUCCUUUGUACUCCCAAAAAAUCACUUUUAGAGGACAGUGAGAAAAUUUGUUAAGGUAAUAUUUCAUUCUGGAAAUAAAAUUAAAGCAACUGUAGAACACGUUAACGUAAGUGAUCAUUAUACUCUCAAUAUAUUUCAUGCAAAUGGGCUUACAUGUAUUUUAAGUAGCUGUAAGGGACUUCAAUUUUAAUUAUAGGAGAUGCUGGUUUUUCCCUUCUUCCACAGAUCUGCUUCUCUCCCCAUUAGUCAUAUAUACAAAAUUUGAGAGUGGCAGAAUUGGUAGGAAAAGUAAUCCAGAGAUAGAGUUAGUUAAGUAGUUCUUUUCCCAGGCAUUUCUCCCUCAAUUUAUUGUGGACUUUUUUGCUUUUUUUAAAAAAGAAUUAUUGGAAGGAUAAACUGUUGUGCCAAUUUUUGAUAACUGAAAUGCUGGCAGAGCGCUUGGGCCCACAGGUACCCCCGACAGGAGUGAUAUCAAGUCCCCCCCCCCAGGUCAAAUACAAUCCUGAUGCAGCCCUCAAGGAAAUCGAGUUUGACACCCCUGCUCAAGUUCAUCGCUGGUUUUUUUCUUUCUUUUUCCUCUUUUUCUAUUACUAUGGACUCUAAACAUUGUUGGGUACGGAUUUUAAUGUCCUCUUUGAGGUAUCUGGUUAUUUUUAAAUAUAAUUUUUAAUGUGUUAUAAUGGUCUAAAAUAAAACGGGAGUUUAAAAAAUCUUGCUAACAAGAGUGGCUUAAUUUUCUCAAGUACAAUUCUUUGUUGCCAGAGGCCUUCAUAUAAACAGUUUUUACAAACGUUUUUAAAUAUUCUUUUUAUUUGGUGCAAUUGUUUUUCAAAUUCAUGAGGACUUUUUAAAAAGUAUCUAAAUUACUUUGAUUUUGAUUUCCAAACCACUGGCCUUUUUGUAUUUUGUAUUUUUUAUAAAAUUCAGUAUUUUAAAAUCUAAAUGCAGAGGUAUUUAAGUUCUUGCAUACUUAAUUUCCUUAAACUUUAACCAGGUCAUUUUUUAAAAAUAAACUCAGUUUUUAGCCUUGUGCCUUAUUUUGUAGAAACUCAAUGUAGAAAACCAUUUCUAAAGGCUUGAGAAAUCCUCUAUUUUCUCACUGUGAAAUAGGUGAAAAUACAGAAUAGAACGGAGCUUUGUCUCAUUCCCAAUUUCCUGUACUGAUAAUGCCAAAGAGUAGUUCGAAUAUAACAUUGAGAAAACAAAGAAAUUGGAAGGAUCAUCCUGAUGAUCUGUGACCACGGUCUGGCAGAUGCUUUUCUCUCAAGUUAAAUUUGACUCUGUUUUGAACAGAACUGGACGUUCAUUGUAUUUCUACAAAUGUUGCUGAACUGCAACUGCAGUUAUUCUUCCUAACUGGUUAUGUCAGCUUGCAUUGCUAAAAACUAACAUUCAACUUUAGACAACUAUACAUUGCCUGGCCCUAUUUUAAAGGAUAAAUUGAAAUUGAAAUAACAGCAACAAAUUUCUUCUUAAGCUGUUGGUUAGGUUUUGUGUGUAUUAUGAUCAUCGGUUCAAAAAGCAGUUAAGAACUUCUGAUCAAUGGUACCACAACUUAAGUCUUAUUUUAAAAUCUAGUUAAAAUAUACAGCACUGUAAUAGUGUCCUUGGCAAUUUUGUUUAUCUUAUACCUGAAAGCAGAUGAUUGGCAAUUAUUUAACACUGCUUUCACUUUCUUCAACAGCAGCAACAGGUUAUGUAUUAUAAAGUCGUUUGUAAAACAUUUUGUAAUGACCCCACAGAAUCCUUAAUGAAACCAUGAUUUGUAUUACUUUUGUAUAAAUGAGGGAUAUGUUUUAUGACUAUACUUUUGAAAUAUGUGUAUCUUCUGUAACUUUCUAGGGAAGAAGAGAAUCUACUACUUUGUAAAUUCGCCCCACCCAUCCCUUUUUGUCCAUGGUUGGCAAUAAAUUAUUUCUAAAGAAAGUCUUCAAAUGUAUCAUUUAAAAUGGUUUGAUUACUAAAAGAUGAAACUUUCAUUUAGUUGUACAUUGCUCUUUGUACAUAAUUUGCAAGUGUUCAAGCCAUUAAUACUGCCUUGUGUAAAGUAAAUUACUGACAGUAAAUAAACAAUAUACAUCCUCA